ACCUAAUUUAUCUGAGUUUGACAGUCAGAAACCGAACCAAACGAUCCCGGGAUUUAACGUGAAAGUAUAAUGAAUUUGUUUUUCUUAAGCCGAAAGUAGUUGAUUGACACGACAAGACGUGAUAAAAGUCUGUAUUAUUUUAUCAAUUUUGAUUAUUAAUGGGUACAUUAUUCAAAAAGUUUUAGUUUUUAAUUAGUUAUUUUGUAAUAACAUACAAUGGAAAAAUUGUCGACAUUACACUCUAGGAAACCAGAUUUUGGAUGGACUGUUAAAAUGAAUCAUGUCUUUCCAAAAAAAGGAAAACAAAAAUCCCCAGUGAGGAUUCGACAAAUUUUGCCGCUUAUACCAUUAAUUCUCAGGUACCUGGUCUACUACUGUUGGAGGUGGCUUAGAGGAAAGCUUACUAUCAUGGAUUUUGUGAAACCUCUCAACGCCAAUCCAAUUUGUGGUGUGCCUAUUGGAGGCAUUGGGGGUGGUUCGAUUGGGCGUGGCUGGAAAGGUGAAUUCUGCAAUUUCCAGAUGCGUCCAGGAAUCUAUGACUACAACAUUGUAGACGCCGACCAGUUCAUCCUGACAAUACUCGAUGAAAGUGGAUCGCUUCUUUAUCAGAAUGUUCUUUCACCUAAUCGACCUCCAAAAGACGGCAGUCUUAGUAAGUGGAAGUGGAAUUUCCCGGCGGACCAGGCAGAAUAUACAGCUCUCUAUCCUAGAUCCUGGACCACUUACUAUAUUAAAGAGUAUGAUUUAACUCUGGUAUGUCGUCAAAUAUCGCCUGUCAUACCAAACAACUACAAGGAUAGCAGUUUGCCAGGAUGUGUUUUUGUUUGGAGCGUUGAAAAUAAAAGUGAUAAAAAUUAUAAAAUAAGUAUUACUUUUACGUUUAAGAAUGGAACUGGUUCAAAAGAGGAUAAAAAUGGAGAAUGUUCAGGCUCGAUAUUUGGACCAAAUGAAUGUGAUAACAAGGCAAUCUAUGGUGUUGAGUUGAAUCAAACAAUUCAUGACUCAUCAAGUGCCUAUACAAUUGCAUGCCAACAGACGAAUGGAGUGACGGCAUCGCGCUGUCCCUACUUCGACCCGAAAGGCAGUGGAGAGGAAAUAUGGAACCAGCUGGCUGCAACAGGCAAACUGGAGGAGCACUCAGCCUCCUGCUCUUCUAAACGAAAAACAAUCUCAAAAUCCGGUAAAGAGCAUGCCAUCGCUGUUUGUCUCCAAGCACUGGUGGCUGCUGGAAAUAAUCAGGACAUGGAAUUCUCGUUGGUGUGGGACAUGCCAGUUAUCAAGUUUGGAGGACACAGUACAUUCGAUCGAUAUUACACGAAACAUUUUCCUAGUACUGGAAAUGGAGGACCCAAGAUGUGUGAAUAUGCACUGGUGCACUACAGAGAAUGGGAAAAAGCCAUCUACAAUUGGCAGUUACCAGUUUUGGAUGAUAUGAGGCUGCCUGCUUGGUUCAAAAGUGCACUUUUCAAUGAGACCUACUACAUAUCUGAUGGUGGAACAGUCUGGUUGCUUCCUGACAAAAAAGAAGUUUUCACUUCUGAAUCUGACCCAAGAUCAGAGUUCGGACGCUUUGGGUACCUGGAAGGACACGAGUAUCGUAUGUACAACACGUAUGAUGUGCAUUUCUAUGCGUCGUUUGCGCUGGCCCAUCUCUGGCCCAAACUGCAAGCCUCCAUCCAGUACGACUACAGGGACACCAUUCUGCUCGAAGACCGAACUAGAACCUGGUUCCUCUACAACGGUGAAAUCGGCAUGAAAAAGAAAAAGUCAGCUGUUCCACAUGACAUGGGUGAUCCAGAGGUUGAACCAUACCGAAUCGUGAACGCCUACAACAUUCACGAUGUAUCCGAAUGGAGAGAUUUGAAUCUGAAAUUUGUUCUGCAGUGCUACAGAGACUACUGCCAGAACAAAAAUGUUGAUUACUUGAAAGACAUGUGGACACAGUUGAAUGCGGUGGUUGUAAAGGCGAAACAAUGGGAUACUGACGGUGAUGGCAUGAUCGAGAAUUCCAAUUCUCCCGACCAAACCUACGAUUGCUGGACCAUGAACAAAACAAGUGCCUAUUGUGGUGGUCUGUGGGUGGCCUCACUAUUCGCUAUGCAUAAGAUGGCCGAAGAACUAAAUGCGAAAGAUGCGUCCAAAUCGUUCAAAGUGGAUUAUGAAAAAGCAAAGAUCGCUUAUCAGGCUAAACUCUGGAACGGACUAUAUUACGACUUCGAUUCUUCAAAAAGUUCACAUUCGUCUACUAUAAUGUCAGAUCAACUUUGUGGGUUGUGGUAUCUGUGUGCGUCUGGAGUGACUGAAGAAGUAUUUCCAGAGCAAAGUGUUGAGAGUGCACUUCAAAUGAUCUACAAAAUGAACGUGCAGAGUUUCUGCAAGGGGGAAAUGGGUGCAGUGAAUGGCAUGAAGCCCAAUGGCAGUGUUGAUCGAUACGCCAUUCAGAGUGAGGAGGUCUGGACUGGAGUCACCUACGGUCUGUCGGCCUUAUUCAUCCAUAAGGGAAUGAAUACAGAAGCAUUUAGUACAGCUGAAGGGAUUUACAAUACCGUCUACAACCAAAUCGGCCUCGGAUUCCAAACACCAGAAGCUCUGUAUGAAAAUUGCAAUUAUCGUUCUAUUGGCUAUAUGCGUCCAUUAUCCAUAUGGUCUAUUUAUAAUGCUUGGGUCAAGACAAAUGAGGUUUAAAUGCGAACAUUCCAGAUUUUGAAUAUUAUAUUUAUAUUUUUUACUUACAUGGUAUUUGAGGAAACUUGCUACUGCUCAUGGACAGCACACGUGUCUUAGUCAGUCAUCUUUCUUCUAUGAACUUUUUUGUGUAUUAAAAUGUGAGAAUUAAGAUUCUGAAAACCCACCAAUACUACCUAGAUAAUAUGUUAAUUUUAAUAAAAUUAAUUAUAAUAAUAAA